GCUGCUGCUGGUGACUCUGGGGAACCACCAACAAAAAUACCAAAAAUGCCAGAGAACAGCAUAUUAUCUGAGAGCAGCAUGCAACAAGAAAUUGCCAUGGCUUUGGAGAGCAAUAUGUUGACUGAACAGAGUUUUGGUAGGUGUUUCAGUGUGUUGAGAGUGAAACAUACUGUCACCUUUUCAGUUCUGGAAAUUAACAAAAGUGAACGCUGUCUGUGUGAAAAUAGUUCAUUAAGUUCAGUUUCCUUCAUGAGGACAGAACAGGAUGUUUAAAAUUGUACUGGUAGCUCUGACAUGAAAAUGCCUGCAUGGUUGUAUUAAUGACCGUGUUCUGUGACUUUAAGGUACAAGUUGUACACCAUAUUAGAUAACGUCUUUUCCCUCUUUCGUUUGUAUUUGUCUUUGCAGCAAGAAAAGAAGAUUGGUUCUCCAUGUGAGAUUUUUAGUUCCAAGACUGGAACUCACAUAAUGAUUACCACUGAAGAGUAUGGGGACAUCAUUAAUGAAAAAUUCAUUUAGAAUUUGUAAUAAAAAUCUAAAUAAAAACAUAGUUGUUUAUAUACCUUUUUAGGAAAAUAUUACAUUAGUGAAUAAUGUAUGCUUGUGAUGAAUGUUGAAGGGUGAGAGUUUCAGACAUGCCAUUGCUAAUGCCUAGAUGUUUUCUCUGCUUGUAUCUUUCAGACAGAGCUCAGCUUAUCAGUGAGAGUCAUGCUUAAAUUGUAAUUAUUCCUGGCAGAGGCGCUGAACUGGAUAGUUUCUGGCAAUCUGCGUUUCCAAAUUGAUUGAAACACUUUUGUCAGUUUAGUCAAAUAUAUUGCUAGGCUUUUAUUGAUGAAAAAUAUGUUUAUAGAAUGCAAAGGUACCACAAACAUGGAAACAAUUUGACAAUGUUAUUGUGUCUGAUCUGAAAUUAUUAAAAAUAUGUUAACCCCAUCAUAUUUUGUGAUGAGAAAAAAAUUCCAAAAGUGUUCUUCCAAAACAGUCAUUAUCAUGGUUGGUCUGUUCUCUGCUUAUAUUUUUCAGUGCCGGUCUCUUCAGUCAUAUGGUAUGGAUAGUAUGUAAACAACAUGGCAGAGUUGUGAGCACUUUAAAGGAAGCAGUUUUGAUGCAUAUUCCAUAUUCUUUUGACUUUUGUAUCGUUACUCACAUUAUUAGAAAUAAUAUGAUACUGAUGAUUUUUUUUAUAAUAAGUGCAUUUUGUGGGUUAUAAAUUUUCAAUUAUAAACUAAUUAUUUAACACAGCUGUGGGAAAUGUGUGUAUUGUUUUAUGUUUUGCAGGUUUUGGAGACACGAGAUCCAACAGUGAUAAGAUUGUUAAACUUCUGAAGCUCGCUGAAAUGACUUGGGUGAAAACGUUUUUCACAAUGUAGCCACCAAACUUAGCUCUGUGCAAAAAGGGCCAGUGAGAGAAGGCAGACAUCAAACCACACCAAUGAAGGGGUGGAAUGGUAGCGCAGGCAGAGCAAACAGGUGCCAUUCUGCCUGGACCUGGAGCUAAAAAAGACCAGCGCCCACCUUUUAAGCUGCCAAAGCUGACAUCUUCACAACAAGAUGCUAUAAGUAAAGCCAAGAAGUUUGCCAUGGAACAGAGUGUGAAGAGCAUACUCGUGAAACAGACAAUAGCUCAUCAGCAACAGCAAAUGCUCAAUUUUCAAAACACAGUCCAAAGGCAACAGGCAUUGGCUUUAAUGUGCAGGAUUUACGUAGGUAGUAUUAAUUUUGAAAUCAAAGAAGACACAAUCAAACAGGCUUUCUUACCAUUUGGACCUAUCAAGAGUGUCAAUCUCUCUUGGGACCCUGUCACCAACAAACACAAAGGCUUUGCAUUUAUAGAGUAUGAAUUACCAGAGGCAGCCCAGCUGGCUUUAGAACAGAUGAAUGGAGUCAUGAUAGGUGGAAGAAACAUAAAAGUUGGUAGGCCUAGUAAUAUGCCUCAAGCACAGCCCAUCAUAGAACAGCUAGCAGAAGAAGCCAAGAAAUACAAUAGGAUUUAUUAUUCUUCCGUACAUCAAGAUCUGACAGACAAUGAUAUAAAAAGUGUAUUUGAAGCAUUUGGCCCUGUGAAUGCAUGCAAAUUGGCUCCAGAUCCCACAAAGCCAGGAAAACACCGGGGCUUUGGUUUCAUAGAAUAUGGUACAAACCAGGGUGCCACUGAUGCUGUGGCUUCCAUGAAUCUGUUUGAUCUCGGAGGGCAGUUCCUUAGAGUAGGAAGGGCCAUCACCCCACCGAAUAUUACUGUUGCCCCACUUGGUCCAGGUCAGAUGCCCACAGCUGCUGCUGUUGCUGCUGCUGCUGUCACAGCUAAAAUCACUGCAAUGGAUGCUGUGGCAGGCUUUGAUCCUGGCUCUCCAAGCGCAUCUGGAGCAGUGCCUCCUGUUGGUGUAAGCAUCCCUCAAAUGGAUAUGAUGCAAUCUCAAGCAAUUCCCCCAAUAGGUGUGGCAAUGCCUGCUGUGUCAGCCCCAGGGAUAAUCACCCCAAUUCCAGUUACCACUGUGGGUGCUGUACCCACCUUGCCUGUUGUCUCCUCUAUCCCUGGGGUUGCUACCUCCAGUAUUGCCUCAAGACAACCACCUACAACAGCAGCAGGAAUAACUGUGCCUCCCAUUGGAAUGGUGACACCUAUGAUGCUGCCAGGUCUGUCUGCUCCUGCUACCAUUAUGCCAGGUGUUGUGAGCAGCAUGCAUGGUAAUCAGCCUGUAGCCACAGUGGCCCCACAGCCCCAGGCACAGCCAGUGCGGAAUACAGAACUCACAGAGGCACAGAAGAAAUUGGUGGAAGAAGACCCUGCCCAGACCUUAGAUCAGCAGGAAAACCUGAAGAUUAGUGGAAGUAAUGCCAGACACAUGGUGAUGCAGAAACUUCUGCGGAAAGCUGCAGAGAGCAGCGUAAUGGUGCUGAGGAAUAUGGUGGAUGCAGAUGAUCUAGACGAGGAGCUAGAAACUGAAGUGACAGAGGAGUGUGGGAAAUAUGGCAAUGUGAAGAGAGUUAUCAUCUACCAAGAGAAACAAGGAGAGGAGGAAGAUGCAGAUAUCAUUGUGAAAAUAUUUGUGGAGUUUGAACAAUUAAAAGAGGCACAGGCAGGAUGUCAAGCUUUGAAUGGGAGAUAUUUUGGAGGACAUAUUGUGAGAGCAGAGAUAUACGAUCAGGACUUGUUCAAUGCUAACGACUUAUCAGGGUAAAGAUAUUAGUGGACAUGGAACAUAAUAUCAUUACCUUUUUAUCACAUGUACAGUCAAAGUCUGAGUUUGAUUUUCAUCCAUUAGACCAGCAAAUGUUCAGCAUGUGUCUUCUCUUUGGAUUCAAGCCACUAUCAGUGUAUCAGGGACGGGACUGGAGAUAUAUACAUGAAUGUUUCAUUCAUGCACCUGGAAAUUUUGGCUCCCAUGUCUAAAUUGCUAUUUAUGUGCACAUUUAUGCAGGCAUGGAGAACCUUUUGUUACUGAUGCAGUCUACUGGCUGGAUUCUUAGACACUGAUCUAUGUGAGAAGGAUGGCCUUUUUCAAGAGUAGUAAUCUCCAUUUAUAUCCAGUUUACAUUCCCAAAAAUCCAGGGCUUUAGGAUACAGCUUAAUUGCAAAGAUCUGUAUAAGAAAAUGAUAUUCCACAUGUAAUGCUGAAUUAUUUUAAUAGUCAUCACUGGAUAUAAAUUUUAUAUUAAUUUGUAUGUCUGACAGAUUGAAAUGUAUCCACCUUGAGAUCGUUGACUGAUGACCAAAUGUUUUAAAAUAUCUGCGAGUUGUAGGGAUAUCCUGCAUAUAAAUAAAGUUGUAAUUCUAAUUUUUAAA